AUGCGCAGUCUAUUCUACAUCGCUCUUGUCUUUGCUGUUUUGGCCCGCAGCAGCACCGCCACAGCGUUCCCUCAUCCCAACGAGUCUGGGCUUUUGUCGCAGAUAUCUCAUGACUCUGCGGCCAAGGCCAAGAGAUCCCUUCGAGUCGCUGGCCAAGAAGUUGUCCAGAGCACGGGGAACGGGUACGGUGGGAUUUUCAAAUCAGCAGCCAAAAGUGUCAACAAAAUCAUCCCAAGACCGGACUCUCCGAACAUGAAAGAACUGCUUAAGAAGGCCAAGAAGACCAAGAAGGCCCUGGCGAUCAAAAAUGCUUUGAAAAAAAGUAACAAGUAA